AUGGAGCAGGGAGGGCGCUGCUUGGGGGCUCGGCUGUGGGAGAGAAGAGCUCCUGCUCCUGCGGCAAGGCACACAGGGAGGAAAAAGGCCGGCGUCGAGCACCUCGCUGUGGCCCAGCCCAGCUUCCUUUUUCCCAAUUCCCACCACGUGAGUAGAAGCUGCACAACCAACAGCAAACAGCGCAACGCCCAGAGGCACACGCGCGAUACGAACCAGCAGGCAACCAACUGCCGAGGGAGAAUCGGAGCCCUAGCUAGCGGAAUAGGAGACGGCGGCGCGCUACCCUCCUCCAUCUCUGGCGCCUCCUCCAUCUCCGGUGCGGCGACAUCGUCCCGCUCGGCCCCUCCUCCAUCUCCGGCGCGGCGGCGCCAGCAGCCGGCGUGCAGGAAGAGGAGGUGGAAGCAAGGAUCAGAUUGCUUGAAGUGUGAAAAAAUGAUUACUCGCAUGCAUGCUAGCUGUUGGCGUAACAUCCAGCCGAUGGAGAGAUUUUAGUUUGCUAGAUGUAUAUUUAUACUUCUGCAUGUAAUAGAAAUGAAAGAUCACUUCAAAAAUUUAGGAAAUUCGUGUAUGCUACUAUUUUUAUAUGUUCAUCACUGGAAUCGUGUUCUAAACAAAUAUAUGUUGGAAUUCAAAGUCAAAGAUUGAUCUCUUUCUUUUACUAAUCAAAUUUCAUAUAUUCUGAGUUA